AUGACUGAAAAGAUAAUCUCUGGGGACGGAUCUGAGGCGUUAGUGAUGUCUUCGCAUCCUAUGCCAAAGAUCACCAAGACGUCUUCUGCAGAGAGAACCUUUUAUAAAGAUGCAUUGUUGCCGUAUUCAUUACAGUGCAUUCAUCCACGUUUGCGUAAUGAUGUGGAAGUUAAUGAUCGUGCCACACUUCUCCAUGGAGCUGAGUUGCUGUUAGACUUUGGUACCCCAGAAGAGGUUACCCGUCGCCUUGCUUCCACACAGCAGCAGCAGCAGAAACAACAAGAUAAGGUUCCAUCGAUGAGUUCGUGUAGUAGUGCUGAUAAUAUUCUAUCGCUUGCUUCUUCUGCCUGUGCUUCUCCAAGCAAAGUGCAUUUAACUUUUCACGACGCUGUUGAGGAAUUACAACAUCGCUGUGAUUAUUUUCUUUCUACCUUUACGGAUGGUGUGGAGUCCUAUCAUAUUCCCUAUGAGGUGCAGCGCCGCAUUGUACCGAUGCUGUACGCUUGGCUUGUAGACUGGGACUUCCUUCAGCGUGCGACGAACUGCUGGGGGCGAGUUGCGAUAUGUUUCUGUCGAGUUAUUCAAUCACGUAGACGUCGUUUUACUGUUCGUCCUGAUUUUUCACUUCCAUGGAAACCACUUGUGGUGAUUCUCUUUUCUUUGUUUUUUCAAUCCGAUCGUGUGAUGGAUCUUCACGUCUUUCAUGGGAUGCGAGAGGCGGCUGGACAACAAUUGGAGUCUGUUUGUGAAUCUGCCGCUUUGCACUUUGAUGAGGAUGCGUGGACGGGUUUAUGGGAGACUUUUGCCCCGUAUUUCUCACCAGAGCAUGAGGAGGCACCUUUAAUGUUAUGUCUAUUCUCGCAUCUUAUUCCUAUUCAUCAUCUUGUGGAUAAAGAAAGUGGAUCACCACUACCAAUGACAGAACGUGUGGUUCGUUUUCUCCUUUCAGAUGCACUUUAUUGGCAACAGGGAAGAUCAGGAAAUUGGAUGGCCUAUUCUCUUAAGAUUGUGUUUGAGAUUGUUCUUCAUCAUGUGGGUGUGAUGGAUUUUGAUAAGUAUGCGGAACCGCUCUUUUCCAUGAUGUUGUAUGAAUUACGUUUACCUAUCGCAGAUGGUACAGGAUCAUUACAAUCCCAUUUGGGAUUUGGUGUACUUAGUAAAAUAUCAUUCUUUCACAUUGAUGAACAGGAAAUGGCAGCAGCAGAGGGAUUUGUAGCGGAUAUGCUUCCACGUAAUACAGAUUCACCAUUAUGGAAUCAUUUACGUCGUUUUAUUCUCGCUACAAGUGUUUUUAUUCGUCCUAAUGCGACUGAUAAAUUUAUCCUUUGUCGUGUUUUUCGUUUUUAUAGUAGUCUUGUGGCUGCUGUCCAUAGACGAAUGAAAAUCCAAUCAAGUCAAGAAUAUGCUCGUAUGAGAAGAAAAGGAAGAAGAGGAGGAGAAAGAAGAAGUAAACCUUUUGAAGGACGUUCUAUUCCAGAGGCUUAUAUUUGGAAUCAGGAAACGGUGGAUUGCUUUGUGAAUCUCGUCGCUCCAGUUUUACUUUCAUCAUUACAUCAUCGAUUAAGAGAUGCCACCCGUACAAUUGGUUUACUUGCCUCACUUUCACCUAAACUCGUACUUCCACUCAUUCUCCCUUAUGUGGAUGCCGGUCUACGAAAUAGAACAGAAUCACCAGAGCAGCGUUCGGUAGCCUUACGUUUAUUAGUAAAAUCACUUUACCCUCUUAGUGAAUGUCGUUCCACCCGUGAUGAUUGUUGGAGUUUUCUUGCUGAUGUAUUACCAUUACUAGUUCCUUGGAUUAAUCCAAAUGAUGUAUCACUUCUUAUGGUAGUUCUCGAUCUCAUUUUUACCACGUGUUCCAUCACAAGUCUUCAUAAACUUUUAGGAGGACAAGAAGCGGAAUGUAGUUUUGCGGUUACACUUGUCGAACGAAUAUUUGAAAUUUCUAGUCAUGCCAUGUUUUCUAAACCACAGGAUUUGGGUCAUCUUGUGCAAGUAAUGACGGCAUUAUGUCAGAAUGUUAGUGAAGAAACAUUUAGUUGUUGUGUUACGAAGGCCAUUAAAGAAUCUCAAGUACGAGAUGUAUUAUCAAAAGCGUCUGUUUUGAGUUAUCUACUAGAACCUAUUGCACAUCGUGCACCUGAACGUAUUAUGCGUUGGGCUUUACAAUACCUUAUACCACCACUACAGAAUACAUUAACUCCAGAGAGUGAGGUUCAAUGGUGUAUACAUUUACUCGCGGGAUGUGUUCGUGGUGCUGGUCUUGCAGGUUUUUCCUAUCGACAUGAAAUAUUACGUUGUUUACAAUUCCAGUUAAUUCAUAUUACAGAAAUGAAACGUAUUAUAGGGAUUGGUACACUUUAUUCUGCCAUGUUUGCGGCUUAUACAGAAACUGUAUGUAUUGAAGCACAGGCGGUGCCUAUAUGUAGAUCAGGUGAAGUAGAUCGUGAGAAUAAUAAUAAUAAUAAUAAUAAUAAUAAUAAUAAUAAUAAUGAUAUUGAUGAUGAUGAUGUUUGUAAUGACUCGGAUGAAUCGGAAUAUGAUGAGUUACAAGAUGAGUAUGAAGUUAGUAUGGGAUUUUGUCGUAGUAAUAGUGUGGAAAUGACAUGGCGAGAGGCAUCAGAAGAACAUAUUGAUUAUAUAAUAGAAGUAUAUUAUAAUUUUGUUCAAGAUAUUGUUGAUGUUAUUCAUGGUAUUACCGAUAUCGUUCCACCUGCUGCAGGAUGUGGUAGUAAAGGUAUUCGUCACUUUCUUUGCAGUAAUAAUAAUAAUAAUAAUAAUAAUAAUAAUAAUAAUAAUAAUAGUCAUAAUAACAAUCGCAGUAGCAGUGUGAAUAGCCAUACGGAGUCUAAUCAUAAUAAUAAUAAUAACGAAAAGAAGAGUGAAAGUAGUGAACAACAGGAUAGACUAGAAUCUGAUAAUCAUAAGGGUAAUGAUAGUGAUGAUGAUGAUGAGCAUACCUUUAACCCACAAAGUAUUCUACGUGGGGUAUUACUAUGGUUGCGUAUAGUUCUUGAAAUUAACCAAGAAUUACGGGCGGGUAACAAGAGAGAAGAUACUUCUAAUAUCAUCCCAUGGUGGAUACAAAAUCCAAAGACAACAUGGUCGUGGAAACCAUCAUCAUCUUCUUCUUCUUCUUCCUCGUUAUCUGCAUUACCAACAAAGACAUUGUUAACAUGGUCGCAGGAUGCAAUACAUGAUAUGUUACUUGAUCAUGUCCUUCGACGUGUGGUGGGAGAUGUAGCGGAUGAAAAAGUGAUUGCGGUAGCAUUACAAUUAAAAGAGAGUUUAUUAAUGCGAGGGAAACCACCACUUAAUAAUAAUAAUAAUAAUAAUAAUAAUAAUAAUAAUAAUAAUAAUAAUAAUAUUAAUACACAACAGGAAGUACAUCUUGAUGGAAGAAGUCUUCACUCUCUACUGGCUAUUCUCGCAGAGCAAUGUAAUAUCAGUGUUGGUGCCCCAUUACGUUACGAUCACAGUCGUCUCUAUACACAAGGUCUUGAUAUAUUUGCCUCUAAUGCUGUUGAAACCCUAAAAGGUCGUUAUUAUUUCCCUGUUAUGUAUUGGCGAAUGAAGGCGGAAUCUUUUAUUGCUUCUAGACGUGUAAUUCCUUUAUAUAGUGUUUCUCCCAAACGUCUUAUCGAGUUAAUCUCGGUCACCCACACAUUACUUUUCUCACCCUAUCACAUGAUUCAGUCUGAUUGUUAUCAAAUAUUAACAGAAUGCAUGACGUUCAUGGGCCGUGAGGCAACACGCAGUUUUAUUAAACGGCACCUUAUGUUGCUUGAACGAAUUGCAGAGCUUUGGAAGGAUCGGCACACAAUAGAUGAUCAAGAUAAAACUCAUCAUCAUCAUCAUAAUCUUCUUUCUACAGCUGCUGGUGAUGGUAGUAAUAAUAAUAAUAAUAAUAAUAAUAAUAAUAAUAAUAAUAAUAAUAAUAAUAAUGCUUCUAUGGAGGAUGAUACUGCCGAUGCACUUUCUUCUGCUAACGGACAUGAUGAUACAAAGACAGAUGUUACUGCCCAAACCAAGUCUACUAGUCAAGAGAACACCAAUAAUAAUAGUAAUAGUAAUGUUAACUGUGGUAUAAAUGAAGAAGAAGAAGAGGAUGAUGAUGAAGAAGAAUACGUUGUGGAUGGCUAUGAUGGUUAUGAUGAUAAUAAUAAUAAUAAUGAUCGAAGAACGCAUGAUGUUUUAUCGGGAAAAGAAGGAUUGAACGAUUCUCCUUCUAUAUUAAAAAAUGAAUUAGCUAGUGCGUUAUCUCUUGCUUAUUCGGGAUUUAACAGCCCACACUUUUACUACGAUAGUGAAUUAAUUCUUAAUACCUAUGAAGUUUUAAUGCACUUCCCAGAGCAACUUCGGUCAAAACGUUUAGGAAUUUUCAAAAAUGUCCAAAAAGCCGCCUGUAUUGGUGGAAACUCACGAAUGGAAGAUAAAAGUGUAGUGAAACUCUCUGAUGAACUUCUUUCAUUGGCUGUAAAGUUUUCACAUUCCGCACCUGAACGAUCUCUUAAUUGUCUUUUUAUGAUUGUUGCCCUUUACAGACCCUCACAGGUAUCACUUCUCUCUCUACAGAGUGUAUCGACACUUUUUCGUCUCUCUGUGAAUAGUCAUGCCAAACUUCGGGCAACAUCUUUUCAUAUUUUACAAACACUUCUUCUUUCCUUAAAGGAAUCACAUGAAAAACGAUAUGUGUUAAUGAGACCUGCACCUAUGGAAGCAAAAGAAAAUAUUACUUUCUUUAGAAAUCGUUAUGAAAUAUUAAUGCAGAAAUGUCCAUCUUUUUAUGGAUUAUGUGAAGUAGGUCUUAUCUUUCCUCCUAAAGCCAUACGUGUGGAUGCGGAAUAUGUUACAUCUAAUAUGUUUAAUGAUGGAGAGUCCAUCACUAUAGCUUGUGAGAAUAUAGUACUUCGUAAAGAUUACACGGAAAAAAGAAGGACAAUAGUAGUAUCUAAUGAAAUGCAAGAAGAUCAAAAGUGUUAUCCAACACGGGAAGAAUUUAAAGCAUUGAUUGGUCACUUGUCUGGUAUUCUAGAUGAAAAGAUUAAUCCACCCGUUGAUGGAAGAGAAGGAGGAGAAGAAGAAAAAGAAAAAGAAGAUAAGGAAUCUUUAUUGGAAGGUAAAUUAAGAGAAGGAUGGGUAUGGACAGUAAUGCAAUUACGUCAUGAUCAAAAGACUUUUUCACAGUCUCGAAUGCGAGUUUGGAAAACGUUUGGAAAUCUCCUUGGUGUGGAACCCACAGUUCGUAUGUUUACACGUAUAGUAAGAGUAGGACUUCGUGAUUAUAUUAAUCUUGCCUCAAGUGAUAAUACCUCUGCGAAGGAAAGUCAACAAUGGUUAUUUUCUUGUUUUUCAGAUUUCUUAAUUGCGGCUAUUCGUAUAUCUAAACGUCAUCCUAGUGUACGAAAAGAGGCUUUAUUAUGUUAUAUAGAAACUAUAAUGAUAAUAUGUACAAAAAGUGUUAUCCCACAUGCUGUUCUCGCCCCAUUCCUACAAAGUGUUUCAGCUUUACAUGGAACUUUAAAACAAGAGGAAGUUUGGUUACUUUACGUUGCUCUUUUUGAGGCUUUGGAGCCACCAAGUGAAAAGGUUAUGCCGAACGCUACUCCUGUUUGUACAGAGAGUGGAGAUACUAUUAACACAACAGCAACAACAACAACAACAACAACAACAACAGGUACUAGUACUUCUCCAUGGUGGUGUGGAAGAACACAAGAGUUUGUUCGAAUAUUAUCUGUUACUGUGCAAUUACUCUUUGUAUUUGCCUCGGAUGUAAACAUUGAAUUACUUCCACGUUUAUGUAAACAUGUAAUAGCCAAUAAAGAUUUAUUUCUCUAUACCACUUCUACACGUAUUCGAAUGUACUCCUCCAGUGUUAUUCGUCAAAUUAUGCGUCUUUGUUUAAAUCAAAGUGAAUAUAUUCCAUCUAAUGUUUCUGUACAAAAUAGUAUUGUAACGUUUAUGGACCGAAUUGAGCAGAUUGUGGAAUUACCACCAUUACCAGCAGCAGAACCCGCGCCAUCGUUGGCGCCAUGGAGUGAGACACCGGCACUUGGGGCAGCGCCAAACCCGUUUAUGACGGUAACGAAUGCAAGUAGUAGUAGUAUGAUGAUGAAUAAUAAUAAUAAUAAUAAUAAUAAUAAUAAUAAUAAUAAUAAUAAUAAUAAUAAUCAUCAUAAUAGUAAUAGUAAUAAUAUUAAUAGUAGUACAACGGCGGCUACUACUACUACUACUACUACAACUACAACAACUUCUACUAGUACGACUACUACUGCUACUGGUGUUGCGGAUGUUCCUCUUGCGGUUUCACCGCCUGUAGAGAUGUCCCCACCGUUGACCUCUACAUCUUGUCUGUUAUGCUCAGAUGCGUUUAGUUUAGAUGGUACUCGUGCUUUGUCGCCUUCCAUGACUCUAUCUGCUGUGAAGACUAUUGCUAUGUAUUGGCUUCAACCACCACCGCCUCUUAUUGCUUUGCGGAUUAAUAGUGUAACUUCACUUCUUGCAAGAUCUCUUGAUAUUCUUUCUUCUGAAGUGGAUGAUCUUGAAACGGUACGAUUGACACUUGAUAGUAUUGCCUAUAUUCGACAACCAAAGGAAACCAUUCAUGGUAUUGUUGGGCUUUUGUGUGAAAUACUUGAAGAGAAAAAACCAUAUGGACGAUCUAAACAGGCAAAAGUAAUUCUUUGUCGAAUGCUUCGUCUUAUUUUAUUUAUUAACUUACAUCGUAUUGGACGAUAUGCGAUUAUGCAAGAUGUAUUACGAGCAGCUCUUCAGUCCAUUGCCCACGGAGAUGGGCGAACACGCAGUGAAGGGAAACUCCUCCUCGCUGUUCUCACACGAGUGGCCUCUGAAGAGCAAACGAAGGCACUCAUUCAAGGCUGCUGUGCACAACUGCGGGAACUCACCAACGCGACGGGGAGUGGUGGAAACAACAACACCUCCACCACCACCACAACAACAAUGAACAAUACAACCACAACGAAUACGAAUACCACUGCUGUCUGCAGUAAUAAUCAUAAUACUAAUAAUACUAAUACUAAUAGUGAUAAUAAUAAUAAUAAUAAUAAUAAUAGUAACAGUAUUCAUGCAGCCUCACAUUCUCUGCAGGAGCCUGUGCGUAAGCGUAAACGCAUUGCGCUGCUCCUCGCGCUGUGCUCCAUUCUCUCCGCGACGCCCGGUGUUGUGCCGCCGUACGUCCCGCGGCUGAUGGAGCGACUCGCCGCCCACGCGAACGACGCCGCGCCGGAAGUGCGACGGGCGAUCAAACGCGCCUUCGAGGACUGGUGGCGCUCCCACCGCGAUGGGUGGGAACUGGAGCACCGGCAGCACUUCACACCCGCGCAGAUUGAAGUAAUGCUCCCGCUACUCACCGCACCUGUGUAUCUUGUUUGA